UAAGUCUUUUUUUCAUAUUCCUUAAGUUGUGGUUCCUUUAGUAUUUUCACUCCUUUGUUUUCUGUCCUUUUUGAGUUUUUUUCUGUUUUUCUUUUCUUUUUCAUUUAUUUUUCUCCUGUUUACUAAUUCCUAAGUCUUUUUUUCAUAUUCCUUAAGUUGCGGUUCCUUUAGUAUUUUCUCUCCUUUGUUUUCUGUCCUUUUUGAGUUUUUUGUCUUUCUUUAUUCUUUUACGUUCCUUUCUUUUUCUCCUGUUUACUAAUUCAUAAGUCUUUUUUCCAUAUUCCUUAAGUUGUGUUUCCCUUAGUAUUUUAAUUCCUUUUUUUCUUUCUUUUAUUCGUUGUUUUCCGUUUCCUUUAUCUCCCUGUUUUAUGUUUCCUUGUUAACUAAUUCAUUUUCUUAUUAUUUUCAUUCCUUUAUCUAAGUUUUCUACUCCUUUGUUUUCUGUACUUAUUCGUGUUUUUUUUCUUUAUUCCUUGAUCUUCCUUUUUUUUGUAUUCCUGUUAACUAAUUCCUAAGAUUUUUUUUCAUUUUCCUCUAUCUAAAUCUUCCACUCCUUUGUUUUUUUCUUAUUCCUUAAUCAUUUAUCCUCCUCUCUUUCUUCCAUUCACUAACUUCUAAGUCUUCCUUUCUAUAUUUUUCAUCAUUUUAUUUCCAUUUUCGUCUCUUCCUUUUCUCUAUCUCCUUCAUUCUCUUUCCUCACCUUUUCCUUUCCCUUCCAUUCCAAGUAUUUGCAUCACUUCUCUUCCCUUCCCUUUCCUUACUUUCCUUCGCUUCCCUUACUUUCUUUCCCUAAUAAAACACAUUUUUUCUCUUCUCUUCUCAUAUUUCUCCUACAUCACUUCUCUCUUUCUCUUUCCUUUACUGAUUCAUCUCUUCCCCUUCUUCUCUUCCUCUUCUCUUCCUUCCCCUCCUAUAAUCAUUCAAUAAAAUCUCCCUUUCUCAUCUUUCCUUCCUUCCUUCCUUUUCCUUCUUGACACCAAAUAAAAGAAGAAACACAUGAUAAAGAGGAAGCAAUAGAAGAACAGAAAGAGGAAGAAGAACUAGAAGGAGGGAAGCAAGAACAAGAAGAAGAAGAAGAGGAGGAGGAAGAAGAACAAAAAUCAGAAAAAAAGAAGAACAAGAAGAAGAUAAAAAAAAAACAAGAGCAACGACAACAACGACAGCAACACGAAGAAGAAGGGGAGAAGGAGGAGAAAAAAAGAACAAAAAAUCAAAAUAAGAAUAAGAGAGAAAAAAUAAUAAUAACAAUAAUAAUAAGAAGAGGAGGAAAAGGAAGAAGAGGAGGAGAAGAAGAAAAACAAAUACCAAAACACAACAACAGCAACAGCAACACUAACAACACCAACAACACAAGUCCCAACAAGUUACAACAAGUCCCAAACACGUCUCCAUCAUGUUCAAGACGAGUAUGGGCAAGGAGAGGAGGAAGGGGGGGGCAAGGAGAGAGAUGACUGCUACCACUACUACCACUACUACUACUACUACUGCCACCCCCUCCUGCUGCCUCCCUUACCUGGCCACUACCCUGUUUCUGCUGAUUGCCUGCUUACCGAGUCCAGGAUCGGCCGUGUGUUACUUCAGCCUCGAGUACCAGGGCGUGUACGUGACCCAGAGUAUCAUCAGCGUGGGCUCCGAGAUCAACUACCUGCAGGUGGUGAUCGAGGCGGCCUCCAUACCCAUCUGGGGACACUGCCACCGACGACUGGGCAACAAUGUGAUACUCUAUGACAACACGGGCGGCACAGACUGCAUCCGCUGCUUCCACCUUGAGUUCCGCUCCAGCCACAUCCUGGAAGUCCACAACGAGGGCCUCAACAAAUGCUACACCACCGAGGCCGCGGCGCUGCACACGUGUCCCACCUUGGCGCAUAUACGGGACAGAAGGACCAGGGAGAUUAUGCUGUAUAAAACCGCCAACACGGAAGGGUCGCCGCUGCCGCCCGUGUACUGCCCCCUCAACGGCCGCUUCCACUUCACGUACAACAUCAACGACGGACGUGAGAGCGCCAUGGAGUGCCCGCAGCCCACCUCCAGCCUGGCCAACUGUCCCGCCGGCAACGCCUUCACGGUGGACUUCCAUAGAUGUACCUUCGAAGACUUCACCAAGAAGUACGAGUGCCUAGGAGAUUGGGAAGGCACUGAUGGGCAGAGGUACUUGGCACUCCAUGACCCAGCCGCCGCCGCCGCCGCCGCCGCCGCCAGCAACACCUCCGCCGACACAGGGGAAGACCCGCCCCCCCAGGCCAGAUUCCGCUGCGCCAUGUACAAGGUGGACGAGGGGAACGGGGAGGUCCACUUGGCUCUCUCCUCGGACUCCACAUGCAUCAACAAGCUUCACUCUGCCUGGAAGGGCUAUGAGAGGCUCGUCCUCACGCCCCUGCCGCCCCCGGAACCCGCCCAGGAGGUGUCGUCAGCAAGGUGUGUCUUCCCGCCGUGGGCUCAGGGGAAGUGGGAGAACCUGGAGGUGGACGGUAAUGUGGCCACCUACACGGACCUCACAUCCUACAAGACCCUCAGAGUGUACUGCGUGGACCCCCAGAUGGCGGGCCUCGUCCCCGUCUACACCCAGAGCCAGUGCGGGGAGGCGUCCUUCACGUGCCUGGCCAUGCAGGAGCGGAGUUCCAACGUCAUGGAGUUCCAGAUCAGUCCUGAUGUACAGAAGGAGUACCACCAGGGGCUGUGUUCCUCACCUGCCUCACUCACCUGGGACUCCUGGGUCACACAAGGACGGGUGGACAGGUUCCGGCAGUCCCCGUGUCCAGUGGCCGGGGAGUACACUGGGGUCAUACCGGACGCCCCCAUGCUGUGCGCCAAGCUCUACUCGGACUGCAACAACCCGGAGAUCAUGUUCUACACCGUGUUCUCCUGCAACAACCGCUCCGAGGUGAUAGAAGAGCGUGAGUACCGAUGCCUGGGCCAGUGGGUGGAGGCGGGCAUCACCUACACCUACACGGAGCGGAGGGACCAGGCCAGCUAUGAGUGCUUCGCCGGGGAGGUGGUGGACAGCGACGAGAUCUUCAUCAUGGAGGCCGGAGUGAACUGCCAGCGUGGCCUGAGGGUGCUGAGCUAUGGCAUGAAGCUGGUCAAGCAAGCCCCAUGCCUCAACGACCCAGGCCUUACCGGAGUGUCCAAGCCCCAGCCAGCCCCUCAGCCCCCCUGGUGGACCACGACGCGCUACCCCUGGGGGAAGAAGGCAGCUCCAUCACCCCCGACAGACCCUGGGACGAAGGAUGAUGGAGGGACAGCUUACGGCAUGGUCCCUAAUGUGUCUGUUCAUGUCCUGUCCCUUCUGUUGGUGUUUGUCUGUGUCCAAUGGAGCUUUGUGUAGAGGAGGAGGAGGAGGAGGAGGAGGUCAGAAGUGUAAGUCCAAAGAGUUAUAUAAGAAGAAGAAUAGAAGAAGAAGAAAGAAAAGAAGUAGAAAGAGGAGGAAGAGGAGGAGGAGUGUGUCAGAAGAGCAAGAAUCCAAAGAAGUAGAAGAGGAGAAAAAGGAGGAAGGAGGAGGAGGAGGAGGAGGAGGAAAGAAAUUGAAAGAAAGAAGCAGGGAGGAGGAGAAGGAGGAGCAGAAGGAGGAAGAGGAGGAAAGGAAAGGAUAUGGAGGAAAGUUAAAAAGUUAUGUGUGUGUGUGUGUGUGUGUGUGUGUGUGUGUGUGUGUGUGUGUAGAUACAUAUACCUAAAUAUAUACCACAUUCUCUUGAUAUAAGUUCACCCAAAGAGGGAAAAAGAGGAAGAGAAGAGGAGGAGGAGGAGGUGAAAGCCAGAAAUGGGUAAAAAGAGGAGGAGGAAGAAGAGGUGGGGAAUAGGUAGGGGUAGAAAGGAGGAGGAGGAGGAGGAGGUAUGGGUAUAGAGAAGGAAGAAGAAGAAGAGGAGGAGGAGGAGGUAUGGGUAUAGAGA